CAAGGUCUUAUCUUGUCAAAGACAAGUUGUAGCCAUCCGGAGGGAAAUUCUUUUCUUUUUUUAGUGUGCAUGUGUAAGAGUUAGUAACACUUGCGAUGACACACUAGUCACGUGACAACAUGCCUUCUGAAAAGCAUGUAAAUAAAAUAAUACACAAGGACUCAAGUCAUCAUGCAAUAGUGAUCUCACUUGUAGAGACAACUGGCCACAGUGACAUUGUAUCGGCUGGUAGAGAUUCACAACAGUGUCGGCAAUCUCCUGCCAAGGGCGAUAAGUUCGAGGAGACGCUGUUGAAUGUGUGAAACAAAGACGUUGUGUGUGUGGAUUUGGAAGAAUUAUUCCUAACUCCAAGAUGCUGAGAUCUGCUAUGGUACUGUGUGUCUUUGUCACAUCCUUGCUCAGCUCUUUCAACGUCAUGGAUUUUUUUCCUCCGACCCCGGGAAACAAUUCAGCUUCAGAAUAUGACAACGUUGUCACCAUGUCCAGCAGCAAAUCUUCCUCGCAAAGCUUCAAACAUUAUGAAACAGAAAAUAGCGUAUCUGAGAAUUCAGAACAGGAUGUAUACAAUGUAAGGGAGAUCAUUUAUAACUUUCAAUAUCUAGAUGCCCGCAGUUGUCCCCCUUGUAUCUGUUACCAAAGGAAAGACAACAUUGUCGAUGCUGACUGCUCUAAUAGGCAAUUUCUGAGAAUGCCCACUGAACUUCCGGUUACCAUUAAGACACUCAAUAUGUCCCUGAACCGUAUGGUGGAGCUAAACACAUCCAACUUAACGAAGUAUUCACAACUCGGCUCUCUGAUCCUAAGAUCAAACCCACGGCUAAUUAAGGUAUCAGGUCAGUCACAGGAAAAUAUUUCCUCCGCGAUGAGGACUUUGGAUCUCAGUUACAAUAACAUUAGCACCAUCGAGGACAGCAGCUUCCGGUGUUUUGUCAACCUGCAGGAACUAAUGCUGAGUGGCAACAGUCUGAUCGACAUCUCGUCAGCCAUGUUUGAAGGACUGGAGAAUCUAAAAAGUUUGUCUCUCUCCCGAAACAAAAUACGAUUCUUGAAUGUCAGCACUUUUGAUAACCUCAUCAAUUUGGAAGUGUUAGACCUGAGUAGAAAUCAACUGAACUACAACAACAGAAGUAUGCCACACUUGGUGUUUGAAAAACUUGUACAUCUACGACAGCUCUAUUUGCAAGGCAAUGUGAACAACAGGCAGCUGUAUCCCAGCCUCUCGCUGUCUAGACUGAGUCAGCUUACAAGCUUAUAUAUAGACGUCAAUGUGGGUUCUAAACUGGGUCCUGAAGUGAAAACAUUGACAAGAUUGACAACUUUAGUCUUCGGUGGCCACACUGGCCACUGUGGGUUAAGAAAUAUCACUAAAGACUUUCUUGAGAACACUCCUUACCUCAGAACAUUGAUAAUGUACGGUUGCAAUCUCUACCAUAUAGACCCUACCGUUUUCUCCAGCGUAAAACUUCUUGAAACUUUAGAAAUCAGCAAAACGAGAGCUACGUAUGACCUGUAUCAGGCUUUUGAUGAUUUGCGAGGUUUAAUCAAUUCUUCUCUGAAAAUUCUGAAGUUGAUUUCACUUUCUCAAAGUAAUUAUCUUUGUCGGGCUCUGACUAAAACGCACGCGGCCUAUCUGCAGCAUCUGGCACUAGAAGAACUGAAUCUGUCUCAAAACAGAAUCGCUCUGAUCGGUAAAGACUUUGUGGAGCUCUUACCUAGAACGUUAAAGCGAUUCGUUUUAAUGGAUAACAAACUGAGCAAUAGAGUCUUCUCCUUGAUCAGCCUCAGUCAACUGUCCGAAAUGACAGAGAUCUACCUUGACCGUCAGGAUGACAGCUUACAGAGUUAUCAGUUGACGGAGAAUAAUCGCGAUGAAAUCUAUGAUCAAAAUCUGAGCUACAUUUCAUUGUUAGAGGAAUAUCAUCUGGACAGCAACAAAAGCAUACCAAAAUUUGCAGCAAAGGAAUCAUUUCUUAGAUUUAGCGAUAGUGGUUUGUGUAUAGAUCCAGACCAAUCAUUUACUGCACAUGAUGAUCCUCAAAGAGAUGGACUGCCUCCCAAGCUAAGGCUAGUUCAAGCAACGCGCUUUUAUUUCUUCGACACGUCACUGCUAAGAAGGAACUGGAGGCUUAACAAUUCUCUGACUUCCAUUUGCUUCACAAACAACUUUCUAGUCAGGUGGGGAGAAUGGACACUUCCUUCCAAAAUACAAAACGCAGACUUGAGCCACAAUUACGCUAUGAAACUCGCCGAAAGCUUCUUCCGCCCAAACAAUUCUUUGAUCUCUCUCAAUAUCAGCAACAAUAUUCUGGGCGAAAGUUUCGCGGCCUUGGAUAGCGGGAAAGUAUUUUCACGGCUGGGUUAUCUGCGCUUUCUGGAUAUAUCGAUGAAUCUCCUCUACAGGCUUCCUCGAGGUUUUCUGUCAGGCCUGAAGAGUUUGGAGGUUUUGCUGGCUACUAAUAACAAACUUCAGGCGUUGAAUCUCAGCCUCAGUCAUAUGUCCAGCGUUUGGCUAAUGAACUUCAGUCAAAACUCUAUUACCUGGAUAGAUAAAGUGACCCGUGAUGACCUCGACUUUUUGGCGUUAUCGAAAACGGUUUCACUGGACAUUUCCUUUAACCCCUUGCCCUGCACGUGUGAUGGAGUUGAAGUUUUAAACUGGAUGGCCUUCACGAAUGUCCGAUUGGUCAACCAGAUGUAUCUGAAGUGUCAGACAAACACUGGGGAAAUUGUCAGUUUUGGCGACCUGCUGGAAAGAGCGGAACAAGUCCAAAGAGCAUGCGCAUCAAAGGCGAUCGUUUUGGUCAUCUCCAUCUCGUCUGCUGUGGUGGUCACCCUGAUGGUCACACUGGCUCUCGUCUAUCGCUUCAGGUGGAAACUUCGCUACCUUAGAAACAUAGCUUUGGCCAAGUACGCUGGGUUUAAACCCAAGAAAGUUACGGGAAAGAAAUUCCAGCACGACGCUUAUAUUCUAUACGAGGAUCAAACUAUGAGCUUCGUUUUCAAGGACUUCAUCCAGGAGCUAGAGGUCAAGCGGGGCCACAGGCUGCUUCUGGUGGACAGAGACAUUAUGCCUGGCACUUAUAUGACCACCGCCAUUCUCAGUGCAGUCCAAAACAGUUACAAGACGAUACCAGUGGUCAGUCCUUACUUCUUCGACGGCCUGUACUCCGAAUACGCUGUCAAAAUGGCCGUCAUGGAGGAGAUCUACGAGCCCCGGCCAGUCUUACACCUCUGCCUGUAUCAGCCCACUGACCACGAGGGUAUGUCCAAAGACCUCUUGUCCAUUAUGCAAAGAAACCAUUACACAGAAUUUCCACCAGACCCAGACAUGAACGAAGAGUUGGUCAAACAAUUCUGGGACCAGCUUUCUAAUGUUAUCCAACAAAGGGACUUUUGUCAUGGGGAAGAUACAUUAGAUCUGGGCCUUGGAGGAACACUUGUGUCGUCUGAUGUGACCUACAUGAGUACAGAUUGUUUUAUAAACAUCCUUCUUCUGAUAUGUCAAAGAAUGUUGCUAUUUACUUUGAUCUUAACUUCAGCCAGGUUGGAAGGCCUAACUAGUCAUCAAGUUGUGAGUGGUAUUUCUCCUGUCAUUAGCGACGCCUCACCUCUGGAAUAUCUUCCAGAAUAUUUAGACCUAAGUGACAACGACACUUCUAUGGAAGAUACAAACAACGCCGAAUAUCGAACUGGAUUCCGCAGUGGUCACGGCGAUAGAUUUGAAUGUAAACCAUGCAUCUGUUCUCACAGUUAUCAUCAGUACAUUCUAGCAAACUGCUCUUCCAGAAGACUGAGGGACGUUCCUGAUUCUCUUCCUUCGGAACUUUGGUUGCUGAACAUGACAGACAAUGGAAUGCAACUCUUUAAUCCUGAGAGCAUUCUACGCUACAAAAACCUAAACACGCUGAUCAUCUCCUAUAACCGCAAGAUAACUCAUAUUUCAAAUGAAACUUUUUCAAACUUAACUUCAGGGCUGGUCAUUCUAAACCUGACGAAGAACAGUAUCAGCACCAUCGAUGACGGAAGCUUUCACUUCUUCGCUAACCUGCAACAACUAGAUUUGGGGGAAAACAGUCUUACCAACAUCACAGCAGGAAUGUUCUUAGGUCUCCGUAGCUUAAGAAACUUAAAUCUAACCAAAAACUCGAUCUUGUUUAUUGAAAAUAGCACAUUCGACGAAAUGCAACAUUUGAAGCUGUUGGACCUUAGUUUAAAUAAACAUCUUUCAUAUACCCUGAGAAAGUUCCCACCUCGUCUGUUUGAGAAGUUGUUCCGUCUCCAGAGUCUUUACAUUCAAGGCAACACCAUGGGUGACCACUCCUACCCCAAUAGUGCGCUGCAAAAACUCACAAAUCUUAAAAUCCUCAGCUCAGACGCAUUACUCAAUUGUACAUUCGGGCCUCAACUUCUGUCCCUGAAACAUUUGCAGGAACUUUAUCUAGGCACAAAUUUCGGAUUCUGUCGUCUGAGAAAUCUUUCUCGAGACUUCUUCCAGUACACCCCUUAUCUCAAGACGUUUGUAAUUAACGGCUGCAACAUUUUCCACAUAGAUCCUGAAGCUUAUGCUAAUGUUCCAAAUCUACACACCCUGGAGAUAUCACACACUUCCCACACGUAUGAUCUUUACGAGGCUUUCGAUCAUCUCAUUGGGCUCCAGAACUCAUCCCUCAAAGUGCUCAGGUUAAAGUUCAUGUACCGGACACACUUCCCGUGUCGCGAGUUGCGUGCCCAACAUGCGAAAUACUUACAGCACAUUGCGCUGGAGGAGCUGGACCUGUCUCAGAACAGAAUCGCUUUGAUCGGCUUGGACUUCAUCAGAUUGCUUCCUAGAACUUUGAAGAAAUUUGUUCUUAACUAUAACAAAAUCACUCCCUUUUCAUUUAAUCUAGAGCAGCUCGUCUUCCUGAAUAAUCUUUUAGAAUUAGAUGUUGAAAAUCAAAAUGACGAUAGAACAGACUUUAAAAGCCAAGACUUCUCUUUAGUAACUGAUUCGGAACCUACCAUUAAGUCGAAUUUAUCGACUCCUUUGUGCAAUUGUUUGCGAUAUAAAUCUGAACUGCACAAGAAUCAAGAUCUAGAAUCAACAAUAGUUCCGUCAAGUGAAUCAGUGUCAAAAAAAGAACAAUUACCACCAAAUUUAAUUAAAAUAAAAGCAUCUGUAUUCCUCAACUAUGGAUUCUUUAUUCUUGGUCAAGUCUUCCAAGGCAAUUGUUCUCUCAAGGAAGUAGAUUUGUCUGACAGCUAUUUUUCGAAUUGGGGGGAUCUGUAUCUCUCUCCUCCGAUAAAGAAAAUCGACCUUAGCAGCAAUUACUGCCGAAGGAUCAACCCGAAAUUUUUCCCUAAAAACAGUCCACUGGUCUAUCUCAACCUGCAUAAUAAUUUUCUAGGUGACGAUUUCGCUAACGACAAGUAUGGUAACAUUUUCCGAAAUCUGAACAAGUUAUUUUACCUCGACAUUUCAAUGAACUUAAUCUACAAACUUCCCAACCGGUUUCUUGCAGGUUUGACAAAUUUGGAGACACUCAUUGUAUCAGAUAACAAACUUCAGCUGUUGAAUUUGACCUUUAGCCACAUUACCAGACUUCAGCUUUUAGACUUUAGCAGGAACUCGAUCACAUGGAUAACAGAGUCCACUCGAGAUGACCUUGAUGCUCUGGCCGCCAUCACGGACUUCGAGCUCGACUUGACCUUUAACCCUUUACCCUGCACGUGCUCUGGGAUUGAGCUCAUAAAAUGGCUGGCGACCACCAAAGUGAAGCUGAUAGACCAAGUCAACUUGCGGUGUCGGUUGAAAGAUGGAGGUUCAACGAGCGUGGGGGAUCUGACUGAAAUGUUGCUCUUUCUUCAAAGGUCUUGCAUCUCAAAGUCUUGGAUUCUUGCGGUCUCCAUUCUUUCGGCUGUAUUUAUGGCAGUCGUGUUGGGUCUAGUGUUGAUGUAUAGGUAUAGAUGGAAGCUUAGAUAUCUUCGCAACGUAGCCAUCGCCAAAUUCAUUGGGUUCGAACCCAAAAAACCCCACCAAGGUAUAUUUAAGUACGACGCCUUCUUGGUCUACGACAGUGACGACAUGCAGUUUGUCCUGAACGAAUGCGUCCAAGAGCUGGAGGUCAGGAGGGGUCUCAAACUGUGCAUCGGGGACAGAGAUUUCAUGCCAGGGACAUACGUCGCCAGUGAUAUAGUCAGCGCCGUGCAAAACAGUUACCGGACUGUUCUUCUGGUUACGCCCGAGUAUUACGACGAUGACUAUGUCGAGUACGCGGUCAAUAUGGCCAUCAAUGAGGAAAUACACACGUCCAGGCAGGUAUUACAUCUAUGUCUGUAUCAGCCAGUUGCCCUGGCGGAGAUGCCUCGCGAUCUUGUAGCCAUCUUGAAGAGAAACGAAUUUAUCGAGUACCCACCGGAAGAAGAGAUAACUCCAGGAUUAAUUGAAAACUUUUGGGAUCAGUUAACUGCCGCUGUUCGACAAACUGAAUGACUGCUGCUUUCUUCAUAAAAUAAUUCAGUUUAAAAACAUUUAUUUCAUUAUAAUUGUACGUCCAGCGAAUAUUCAUUUUUUUGUAAUCUAGUCAUUUGUGCUAGCAGGCUUUUGAAGUUAGUCGAUUUAUUAGAUUUCGUAUAAAUCUACUCUAUACUUAAAUACCACAUUUCAACGCGUCUUAUUGCGUUAGUCCUUACUUACAGUGUAUUUUAUACUAUGUGGGCCAGUGUUAUCCAGCUUAAUAUGGGAGACAUCUUAAAGAGUCACCGUGUUGUGCGUCAGCACCCUCAAGUUAUCUACACCAAGGUAUUGAAAACUCACCUUCGUAAUAAGUACUCAUUGCAAUGAUUGCUACGGUCUACAGCCGCCUGUUAUAGUAUUGGCUAAUUAUUUGUUCCCUGUUGAGGUAAACAACUGGAGAGAAAGGACAUGGCACAAAUGUGCUCACCACGGGUAGACAGCUUUGUGUAGUAAAGCUACGUUAUUGGAGUUCUGUCCUACGGAUUUUUUUUUUGUAAUUACAAAGCUUAUAUCAACUUACACUGUCUGGUAAAAAGUUUGUAAACGUUAUUUCUCCCACAUCCAUUCUGGGAUCAAGUUGAAACCUUGUACAAUUAUUCAUGUUUGUUUGUAGAAUGUUUUACAUGUUUCUGGUGUUCCGUCAGAGUUUAAGAUAAUUUACUUCCUAGCCCAAACGACGGGGGAUGGCGGCGGCCAGGGUAUUAACGCGAGACCAUCGUGAAGUCAGAACGACAGUCCAGCGCUGAACCGCACGACCAGGCAGCCAUGACUGGCAAUGUACUAACAACUUUUCAUAUUGGGAGUGUGAAUGUAUUUAUUAGGAAUUGAUGUUUUUAAAAAUAAUUUUAUAAAAACUUCUUGGAAGUUUAACAAAAGUUUCUGUUUUCUUAUUACUUGGAAAUAUUCGCAACUCUGAAGAUACCUGUGUGUGUGUGAGAAAGAGAGAGAGAUAGUACGUGUGUGUUUAUAGAUCUGAAAAGUAGGAAGUAUAUUUUAUUUUCCCCAUAAAGAUUAUAAUAUUGCUGUAGCAUGUAGUAUUAUUGCCCUAGACUCUCAUAUUCAUAGCAUACUCCACACAUUAUAGUCCUUGUUCAUAUUCCACACAUUAUAGUUCUUGUUCAUACUCCACACAUUAUAGUCCUUGUUCAUACUCCACACAUCAUAGUCCUUGUUUAUACUCCACACAUUAUAGUCCUUGUUUAUACUCCACACAUUAUAGUCCUUGUUCAUACUCCACACAUUAUAGUCCUUGUUCAUAUUCCACACAUUAUAGUUCUUGUUCAUACUCCACACAUUAUAGUCCUUGUUCAUACUCCACACAUCAUAGUCCUUGUUUAUACUCCACACAUUAUAGUCCUUGUUUAUACUCCACACAUUAUAGUCCUUGUUUAUACUCCACACAUUAUAGUCCUUGUUCAUACUCCACACAUUAUAGUCCUUGUUCAUAUUCCACACAUUAUAGUUCUUGUUCAUACUCCACACAUUAUAGUCCUUGUUCAUACUCCACACAUCAUAGUCCUUGUUUAUACUCCACACAUUAUAGUCCUUGUUCAUACUCCACACAUCAUAGUUCUUGUUCAUAUUCCACACAUUAUAGUCCUUGUUCAUACUCCACACAUUAUAGUCCUUGUUCAUACUCCACACAUUAUAGUCCUUGUUCAUACUCCACACAUUAUAGUCCUUGUUCAUACUCCACACAUUAUAGUCCUUGUUCAUACUCCACACAUUAUAGUCCUUGUUCAUACUCCACACAUUAUAGUCCUUGUUCAUACUCCACACAUUUUAGUCCUUGUUCAUACUCCACACAUUAUAGUCCUUGUUCAUACUCCACACAUCAUAGUCCUUGUUCAUACUCCACACAUUAUAGUCCUUGUUCAUACUCCACACAUCAUAGUCCUUGUUCAUGCUCCUCAGAUUAUAGUCAUUGGUCAGACCCCACACAUUAUAAUUUACUUUUUGAAGAGUGAAGUUUGAAUAGUUUAUAUUAGUUAACAAGAAAUGAAGGUGAGUGUCCCUGCUAGUGAAGUUUUACAUUUACAUUGUUCCACAGGCUGACUCUAUGAAUGCCAUUUUAAUUACUUCUCAUUGUCAUUGUGUGUGUAGAGCAGUGAUGCCCAAACAACGACCUGUAACUUACCAAAGAGAUCACGGAGGUCACGGCCCUAUCAGGCCUCUGACAGUGGUCUGUCCGGCCCUCCGACACCUCUGCCCGCAAUGAGACCGCAUAGGCUUGGUAGAACUGGACUCAACGUGUAUUUUGGUGGCGAUGCGUGUCGGAGAUUUUAUUUCCACUAAGGCUGAAGCAGUCAGGGCACUACUGUUGUAAGGCUUAUCGCGUGUAACCUUUAAUCUGUCUCACAAAACAUUGGUUCAUGAAUCUGUUCAUAAUUGCAAAUUAAACCAAUGUUUGAUUUUUU